AUGCUUUUGAAGAAUAUCAUCUUAGCCUCACUGAUCCCAUUAAUCGCUGCUCAAGCUAAUGGUGCUCUAGAUCAAGACGCUGGUAACAAUGGGAGAAGAACUUCAGCAGCAGAGGUUGCUUCAGCUGGAACCACUGAAGCUACCCAAGCCAAUACAAAGCAAGAGUCAGCAGCUACUGUUAAAUCAGAAGCCACAGAAGCUACACAGCAGUCUCAAGCUAUAGUCAAAACUGAAUCUCAAGCUACCCAAAACACACUUCAAACAACAGCCCAAUCACAACCCACUGCAGCUAAUACAGAUCAAAGUACAACAGUAUGGUGGACGCCUUCUCAAUCAGUGUGGUGGACUCCAACACAAACAGUUUGGUGGACACCAAGUACAAGUGCUGAAGUUUCCACUAUAGUUUCAGGGUCAAGUACAUAUUUAACAACUUUAGCAACAUCUGUUAGAAGUGGUUCAUCAGAAUCAUCCUCUGGUUCAGCUUCAAAUUCAAAGUCAGCCAAUGGUAAAUUAACAACUGAAAAAGAUGUUGUUCUAACUACUGUUUCAUUCACUAGUGGCUCAAGUACGGGUGCUUACACUUCAAGUUACACCACUUCUUCUAUUCAUACUCUCAAUAGUAAUUCUUCAUCAGGUGCUAAUGCAUUAUUGGUUCAAGGUGGAAGUGUUAAAGAUUCUUUGAAGAUUGUUGUUCCUGUUUGUGUUGCCGCUGGUGCCUUAAUCUUUGCGUAA